AUGUUGCCCCUUUGUAAAAAAAAAACCCGAUCAUCGCUCUGGUCUGUUCAACUGCUCCGUUCAACUGCUCGUUCAACUGCUCCGUUCAACUGCUCAUUCAACUGCUCCGUUCAACUGCUCCGUUCCACUGCUCAUUCAACUGCUCCGUUCAACUGCUCAUUCAACUGCUCCGUUCAACUGCUCCGUUCCACUGCUCAUUCAACUGCUCCGUUCAACUGCUCUGUUCAACUGCUCCGUUCAACUGCUCCGUUCAACUGCUCAUUCAACUGCUCCGUUCAACUGCUCCGUUCCACUGCUCAUUCAACUGCUCCGUUCAACUGCUCUGUUCAACUGCUCUGUUCAACUGCUCCGUUCAACUGCUCUGCUCAACUGCACUGUUCAAGUGGUCACUUGCUCGGCCACCUACAUCAUGGUUGA